AUGGCCUUCCACUGCGGCAAGUGGUUCUACAGGAAACAGGAUGAGAUGCUCGCAAGUGUGCCAGCCGAGGACGACGUCGCAAUAUACAUAAAAGUCAUGGUCGACAGGUUUUACUUCACGUGGUUCGAGACCUUCGAUGAGUUCUGGGAAUGGUACUUUCGCGCCCAGGAAGAGUGCAACCGCAACCAAAGGGCGUUCUCGGUUUACGAGAUACUUCGUACCGGACGCGACAUGUGCUUUAUCGCGGACCUGGAGGUCUACUGCCCCCCUGAGACGCACUGGACACAGCUGCAGAAAAUCGAGUACACCAUCAAGAAUUUGUUCCGUGAGGCCUACGGCAAAUACGCGGACGCCGAAAACCUAGUCAUUACCCAGAAUUCUCGCAUGUCGGAACACAAAGAAAAGGGGGGAGAGAAGGAGCCCAUGUACAAGAUAUCAUUGCAUUUCCUGGGCAGAUCGGAGAUAUUUAACGAGAUCCACACGUCCUGCGAGAUGAAGGCGCUGGCGGAGCACGUCAAAACAGCCCUCGUCGCCGACAUGCAGCCCCUGGUGGCCAAGCACGACAUCGUCCUUCCUGACGGGAACGUGUUGGACCUGGGCAUCUACACAAGGAACAGACCCAUGAGCCUCAUCGGGACAGCGAAGAAACUCGGCGGAGGAGCGUUCGAGCGCACGGAGGAGUCGAAGCACGUGCCCAUCAGGAGUUGCAUCGUGACCCAACAGUUCACGAGGGACGUGUCGUACUUCGAGCUGCCGGAUGGCCUCGAGGUCACCAAGAAGAAAACCAAACGGAACAUACCAACUAGGCGGCUCGUGCACAGGCCCCGCACGCGGGAGACGUCUGAAACGGAGCUGCUGCUGCUGAACUAUCUUUGCACCAAAUUCGGGGACUCGGUGACCGUCACGCACAACGGGGUGUACGGCGGCCAAGACUCGUACGCCGUGCGGGGGCACAGAGCGUUCUGCCCCUGCUGCGAGGACUCCCACGACAGCAACGGCGCCUUCCUGACGCACCUCGGCGAGCUUUUCUUCAGGUACAAAUGCAUGAAUCCACACGCGCCGCGCACUGUCGAGCUCGACCUGAGAGAGUUCCACUGCGUGCAAGAACCAGAAGGACCAGAAGAACAAGAAAAACCGAGGUACCUCCCGUCCUUCACGCACGUCAAGUCUAAGGUCAUUUCGAUUUGCGCCCCGAUGCGCUCCGGGAAGACGUUUCAAAUCGAAAGAGACAUUGAUCACAAGGAUCCGCCGAGGGUGCUCGUCAUCACGUGUCGCCGGGGGAUGGCCGCCACCCUGACCGGCCGAUUCAGCGGCUUCACGAACUACCAAGACGGCAUCAAUAAAGACCGUCAGAUCAUCGAGUACGAAUCCCUACACCGCCUCUCGUGGAUCAAAUACGACAUGAUCAUCAUGGACGAACUAAGAUCGACGCUCAACUCGGCCCUUAUCUACCAAGCGGACCGGGUGAUUUGCGCUGACGCCGACCUCUACGUUGACGGUGCGGUCCAGUGCUUCUACGACACCGUCUUCAAGAACGAAGAAAUCCACCACAUCGACCACAAGGGGGGAGGGCAGGAGCUGCACGUCAGAUUCACAGACUCGGCGGCCUUCGUCAAAAUGAUCCUGAAGGACCUGCGCGCCGGCAAGAGGAUCGGCGUAUGCUGCGGCUCGGCCCUGGAGCUCAAGACAAUCGAGAAGCUUGCUCUCGACAUCGUCCACAAGGAGAAGCUGGGUAUAUACUACGCCAACUCUCCCCAACAAGCAGAGAUAGCUGACGUAUCCGCCCACUGGCCAAAGUACAAGCUCAUUGGAUUAACUUCAACAAUCACCGUCAGCGUCGACUACACGGGCCCUAUAGACCGGGUCUACAUUUCCCCGUCGCAGAGAGGGUGCGGGCCACGAGACAUGAACCAGAUGAAGAGCCGUUUCCGCAACAUCACGAGCGGGAUUGUUGUGGUGAAGGUCCCCAACCCCAUGAGAGCCCCGCUGGAGCCCCUCAUCGCAGACAUGGCGGAGCUUCACACGGAAGAGAUGAACAGAAUCAUGAACCGGAGGACGUACAUCACAGGCGUGAUGACCGAGAACCAGAGGGAGCUCAACCGGACCAUAUUCAAGCAGGGUGUGGGGCACGAAGCCAGGUUCUACCCGAGUCUACUGACGGAGCUACUUGCGUGGAGUCACGUUGAACGCUUCCUGGCCGACUUUCACUGGAUACAAUACCUCUUUCAGAUAUUCGAGGCGAAAGGGUACACGUGGUCCAACUCGAUCGACAGAGUCGGCAGUGAGGAGGAGGGAGAGAAACUGGAAAAGUAUUUCGGGGCCAAGGGCGCCGAAGUCAAGGAGGAAGAGACAGAUAGACUGAAUAAGGCAGACGCCUACGAGAUGGAUGGUGAGGACUAUGAAAGGCUGGUCAGGAAACAGAGGGCGGGGGCGGCUACCCUUGAGGACGUAGCCAAGAUCAAAAAGUACAAAGUUCAGUGCUUCUACCGGGACAAGAUUGACGCCAAUGACGUCGAGGAUUUCAACAAGUUUAGGGGGGUAAUUCACACGCGCGCAUUUUUCGCGGCGCUUCCGCCGAUUGUGAGGAAAAGGAUCGACAUGAACCUUCAGCUGAUGCGAGAGUCACUCGACGAAUUUAGGCUAAACUACACCCUCGCGAAAGACAUACUCGACACGCUGAAGAAGAUGGGCUUCAAAAAUAUGGGUAUUGCGGGGGAGAGACUGGACCUCAGAAACAUGCCAGACGAAACCAAGGCGAUGCUCGACAAAACCAUCACUUCGAUACGAACUGCCAAGCUCGUGCGGACCUCGAGGGCCGCGGAAUCACGGGAAGAAUUCAAGUGCUACAUCAAAAGCGUCUGGGGGUACAAGUUGAAGUCUCAUCAGGUCAAAAGAAAGGGGAAGAAAUGUCGUGUAUACUCCCUCGUAGACCUGGUCCCAGAGAGACUGCUUCGCAACGAAAUGUAUUCGGCGAAUUGGUUGGAGGGGCACUGUAAAGCCGUGAAUAAGUUUGUCGGGCAUGGCCACGACGAGAGGAAGCUCAUCAAGCCACAGCUACCGAUGAUGGAGAUGGAUCUAGAGCCCCUGCGGGCUGCGGCGGUCGCGUCGGCCGCAAGUGGCCGUAAGCGGAAGAGGAGUGGGGAUUAA